AAUAAAAUCAAAUCAAAUAAAAGAAGCUGAAAUUCAGUUAUUUUUCGCACUCAGGAUUCGAACCUGAUCACCUCUGUGGAGAGAACUGCGUCCUCCACUGAACCACCACAUUUUAUUGAACACCCUAAUUUGAACGACUUACUCACCAAAGGUUCACUUUUACGAUGCAAAGCCCACAAACAAGAAAACCAAACGAGAUAUUCCAAGAAAGAUAAGAAAAAAAAUUAAAGAGAGCUAAAAAAUCUGAAGAAAAAAAUGGGUGAAAACAAGCAAAUCCCUUCUCCGCAGUUCGAUCCGAAUGCAAAGUGGGACGCCUGUCUCGAUUUGGGUAUCCGCCGAUUCGUUUACUCCACCCUGGCCGGUGCCGUCGGUGGUUUCCUUCUCUUCAGGAGUCCUGUGACACGCUGGGCAUCAGUGGCUUUGGGUGCUGGACUGGGUAUUGGAUCUGCAUACACAGAGUGUUCUUACAAGUUUGAUGAGAAGUUGACCAUCUCUAAGAUUUCAGAUCCUGCUUCUCAGGAUGGACAGGACUGAGAUUAGAAUUUGAAGUACCUUCAAGUUUUUGGUCCCAAAUCAGAAUUCUUCAUACAAUUAGAUUGGGUGUUACCGUUUUUCUGUUUCAGCUUUUGUCCAUGUAUUGCCAAGAUUGUUCUGGAUUGUUAAUCAUUUAACCCAAUGUAGUGGAAAUUUCAUAUGAAACCCUUAUUUUCACUAUGUAACUUAACAUCAAUUGGGGUUUCGUAGAUGAAAAAAAGAAAAAAGGAAUUACAGCUUUUAUUGAAGCGUUGGGCUAAAUGUAAGGUAUGAUAUGCAGAUUUGAGUUUUGGUGACUUUACAAGUAUGGAGAGCUUUAUUUUUGUUCUUAUUUAA